AUGAUGAUGAUGUGGGUGUACAGUGCAUCAGAGAAUGAGCCGCCCGGCUGCAGCUGAGGGCGUGAGCAGCAACGUAGCUCUGCCCCUAUCCGGUGACAGCGGGCCGGGCCCAGGCGAUGUCACAGUGACUGGGGGGCGGGUCACCGAGCGCCACCGCUCGCUCGGGAUGAGGAUGGAGAGAGGGGGCUGUUGCACGCGGGGCAGGAUGCGGCCGCUGAUCGCUUUCCUCGUGACCGCCGUUUUCUGCCGCACGAGCAGCGGCACCGAGGCCGCCAUCACUGUUACGCUGCCGCCGCAGGGGGCCGAGGUGUUCAGUCCGAGCAACGGCCAAGUGUCCGCCUUCAGCCCGCUCCCGCCUGCCAUAGACCCGGUUCUGGCGACACAGACGCAGCGUCACAACCUGCUGCUCCUCUUCCAGCGCUACGGGGAGAAUAACCAGAGCCUGACCGUAUCCGGCUUCCGGCUGCUGCUCCGCAGUCUGGGGGUAGAGCGGCUAAGAAACGCAUCCCGGCACACUCACCGCGGCGGCCACCACCAGCAGCAUCACCCCCAUCAUGAUCACCACCCCCAUAAUGAUCACCCCCACCAUCAUCACCACCACCCGCAUCAUCCCAGUAGCAGCACCCCGCACCCCGGCCACAGCGGCGCCUGUGAGGAGAGCAGGAGAAGGCGGCAUGUGACGUCUCCAGAGAAGCCUGAUGGGAGUCCGGCCGCAGGGGACAGAGCGGGCAGCAGUAACCCCGAUGGGGCGCAGGUGGAGUGUUUAAAUGCCUCGAGACUGCUGAUGUGGCAUGGCAUGGACAUGCACAUGCAUCUUGGUGCGGAAGAGUUUGCCUACAUUUGUCCAGCAAUAAUUAAUCAGAUUGACAGGAAAUCUUGUGUGAUUCAUGUUCAUAAAGAAUCGAUGGCAGGAAGUAGCCAGGUUGUAUAUUCAAUGAAAAUCGCGUGGAUUGGUGGCUUUAUAGCCAUCACUAUCAUAAGCGUGCUCUCAUUGCUGGGUAUCAUCUUGGUUCCUCUGAUGAACAGAGUCUUCUUCAAAUUUUUGUUAAGUUUCCUGGUGGCACUGGCAGUUGGCACUUUAAGUGGUGAUGCAUUUUUACAUCUUCUUCCACAUUCUCAUUCUAAACAUUACCAUAGCCAUGGUGGAUUUGUGGAUGAAAGUCAUGCAGAUGAAAAGGCUGAAGAAAGUGCUCAUUUGGAUGCAACUUGGAAGGGUCUGACAGCGCUGGGGGGCCUGUAUUUCAUGUUUUUAGUUGAGCAUUUGAUUACUUUGAUCAAACAGUAUAAAGACAAGAAGCAAAAGAAUCAGAAAAAAGCUGAGAAUGAGGAGGAAUUAGAAAUUAAAAAGAAGCUAUCAAACCAUUCACAUAUUGAGGAAAAAGAGGCAUCAGAUUCCGGUUCCCAUCAUGAAAGCUACACAGAGGGUGAAACACAAAUUGGGGCACAUUUCCAGUCUCAACAGCCAGUUGCCCCAGAAGAAGAGGAAGAAGAGAUAAUGAUUGCUCAGUCUCAUGAUGAAACCAGUUACCGGGAGUAUGUGUCUAUAGGAUGUGAAAAUAAAUGUCAUUCCCAUUUCCAUGACACACUUGGACAGUCUGAUGACCUGAUACAUCAUCACCAUGACUACCACCAUAUUCUUCACCAUCAUCAUCACCAAAAUCACCACCCACACAGUCACUCACAGCGCUACUCCCGGGAAGAGCUGAAAGAUGCUGGUGUGGCCACUUUGGCUUGGAUGGUUAUCAUGGGUGAUGGACUGCAUAACUUCAGUGAUGGAUUGGCAAUUGGAGCAGCAUUUACAGAGGGUUUAUCAAGUGGAUUAAGUACUUCUGUGGCUGUCUUUUGUCAUGAAUUGCCACAUGAGUUAGGUGACUUUGCCAUCCUGCUGAAAGCUGGUAUGACUGUAAAGCAAGCUGUGUUAUACAAUGCGCUGUCUGCAAUGCUGGCAUACCUUGGUAUGAUAACUGGCAUUCUCAUAGGCCAAUAUGCAGAGAAUAUUUCAGUGUGGAUCUUUGCCCUUACAGCAGGGUUAUUCAUGUAUAUGGCUUUUGUUGAUAUGAUACCAGAAAUGUUGCACAAUGAUGCAAGUGACCACGGAUGCAGCCGAUGGGGAUAUUUCCUUUUACAGAAUGCAGGAAUCCUUUUAGGAUUUUUCAUCAUGUUGGUCAUUUCUAUAUUUGAGCAUAAAAUUGUCUUCACCAUUAACCUAUAACACUAGGUUACCUAGUCCAUUUUUAGCACCAUGUUGUUAGCUAAGUUAUAUAUAUUUUUUUAUUUAGUUUUUUUUUUCUUAAUGUAUAUUUCUUUUAUGCAGUUGAUAAAUAUAUAUUUUAUACAAAUUGUAUGCAAACAGUUGCAAUUGUUAACUGCAGAAACGGUUCAGACUGUUAGGAGCUGCGUUAACAAAUUGGACAUUUGUGCCAAACCCCAAUUUUAUUUUAUUUUAUUUUUUUAUCAUUUUUUUUUUUUUGUAAUUUAUUUAAACUGUUUUCAUUUUCACAAAACCAAACUUCCUAAACCCCUGGUGAAUCAGCUACGCUAGAGUUUAUUUUCCCUGUUUCCCUCCCCAGGGUGCACUUUUACAUGUUCAUUUCAAAGAGGCAAAGCACGGGUUAGUAAUGGCGUUACAGGUGCCUCAUUGUGCAUAACUGCAUAAGUAAAAUGGUGCCUAUUAAUCAUAGCCCAUAGACCUAAGUAUUGUUGCAUAUGAAAUACAUACCAAUUGAAUGUUUUAAUGUGGUCUCAGAAGGAAACGUUCUGUGUAUUUAUAAACCACAGUGGCACUUAAGCCCCUUUCAGACCGCCCGUAAUAACUCGGGUUAUUGCAUAUGAUCACGCAUCAACCCAGGUUGGUGUGCUGUCUGGAAGGGUCCAGUUGAAGUAAUCCGAUAUUUCAGCUCUGGUUAUGACCAAGGUUCAACAUGUGUUCAACCCGGAUCGCAGUGCGGUGUGAACGGGUAAGCCUGGUCGAUGGAACCCGUUUACAUAAUAGGUAGAGGCGGCGCUUGGAGAUCCUCAUCUUCCAAGUGCCGUCUCUGGGACGCAUCACCAGUGACGUCACCAACCCGGUAUAUGCCCGGGCCACCGGUCUUAAAGGUGUCUCAAGCGGGUUGCACCCGGGAAGGAGCUUUAUGCGGUCUGAAAGGGGUAUGAGUAAUUUGAGAUGUUAUCAAUAGUAUGAUCAUAUAAAAAAUAAGAAAUGCCUCAAUAUAUUAUCUCUGAGUACGAUAGUGAGGAUGGGGGGCAAAAGUUUUCUGUACUCCAGACUGGAGUACUCACGACCAUAAUCGGGACCCCUUCAGGUGUAUGCGUACUGAAUAGUCACAUGUACUUACAUAAAACUGAGAAUUAGUGACAGAAAUCCACAUGUCAGAGUAGAUGCCAUCCUGUUUGAUCAGAAAGAAUCACACACUUUGCACUCCAGGACUGGAUUGAUUGACAGUCUUGCUCACUCAUGGAAUGGGUGAUCUAUAUAAAUUUAUAUAUAUAUAUAUAUAUAUAUAUAUAUAUAUAUAUAUACAAACAAAUCCCACAAAGUGGAGGUGCACUCUCGCAAUAAUGGAGUCAUUCAAUAUGUAAAAAUCAGUCGUCACCAAGGCUUUAUUCGUGUCAACGUUUCGGUCCGUAACCGGACCUUUCUGAAGACAGGUGACACAUCAGUUCAGUCGAGUCGGCAGUAAAUACAAAUACAUCUGAAAGGACAAUGUUCAUAAUUACGAUCACAAGCCACACCGGUCCCUGGAAAGCCUAGCACCAACAGGAAAAACGCCACCAACAAAGAUAGGUGCAUAGUACAAAAAGAAUAUCCCCAGUGUGCUAAAGAACAAAUUAACAGACUCUCACUCUCCCGUACCUGUGAAUGUUCAAUGCAUCGUCAGCAGAUACCCUGUCAUUGUUCACUAUAAUCGGCUGGUAUAGAGGACUCACAGUCUAUCAGGCUGUUAUACAAAAAAGGGGAACAUGGAGUCCUAUAAACUAGCAAUCACCACAGUAAUAGGCACAGCCAGUUAAAAUGGCAAUCACCCCCACACAGUGCAAGAUACCUGUAUAGGGGACAUCCUCAAGUACUGAUGCAGCCACUGGUGUAAUGCACACACACUUUAUUUUAUGCUGCCAGAAGAAAAACAUGUAAUCCAUUAUCAAUAAAGCGUAUUUACACCUUAAGCAUGCAAUAAAAUAUCCAGAAAUGUUACUCAGUGUGGAAGAAGCUGUGCAUGUGGCUGCAUAGCCCUCCUAUCCACUGAGUGUAAUUUAAAUACUGCGCCGGCCGGAAGUGCCCGCGAAACCGGAAGUCGUCCACAAACUGUACAAUACCUGACCACAAGGCAUACACUAUGCCUUGUGGUUAGGUAUUGUACAGUUUGUGGAUUUGUUCUUUAGCACACUGGGGAUAUUCUUUUUGUACUAUGCACCUAUCUUUGUUGGUGGCGUUUUUCCUGUUGGUGCUAGGCUUUCCAGGGACCGGUGAGGCUUGUGAUUGUAAUUAUGAACAUUGUCCUUUGAGAUGUAUUUGUAUUUAUUGCCGACUCGACUGAACUGAUGUCACCUGUCUUGAGAGAGGUCCGGUUACGGACCGAAACGUUGACACGAAUAAAGCCUUGGUGAUGACUGAUUGAAACUCUGUUCUCGGCAGCACUUAGUACUUUUUCCAGUCAUGUUUUACACAAGCAACGGCAAUAUAUCCUGAUGACGGGACUAGGUCUUGAAACGAGCCGUUGAGAGUUUGUCAUGCUGCACAUUUAAGCAUUGUAUGACUAUGGAAUUUGUCAUGGAUUAUUAAAAUCCUUUUUUCAGUAACCUGGAGUGACGUGCUAUUUGCUUAUUUAGCAAUAGAGGGACUAUAUAUAUAUAUAUAUAUAUAUAUAUAUAUAUAUAUAUAUAUAUAAUGUGUAUAUGUAAUGAGAAAUAUAUCAAGCGCACUCCAUAGUACAUUAAAUCAUUUUGUUAAGCAUUUACCCAAAGUGAUUCUGAUCACAGUAUAUACUGCAUUUUGCACACUAUACAUUUGUCUCCAUCUUGGCUAUCCUACUUGGGGAUAAUGCACUGUUGUGGCUCUUCUUCUUUUUUUACAAACAUAUUCACUGAAGAAAACAAAAGAAAUAAGGUGGACGGUGACGACGAGUCUCUGACACACAAUUCCAGUGUUUUCCACCUUCUUGUAGAAAAGAAAUGAUUUUAGCUGUAAGUAGAUUAUUUAAGGGGGAUCACCAAAGUUUCUACAUUGUUUUUGAACUUUUAACCAGAGGACAGUAUAUUGUAAUCUAUGGACCUAAAUGGAAACAUUUGAACCUCUUGAUAAUAUCAUCUGAAAAUACUAAAUGUCACAGCAUAUCUGUUAUGUGGUUUAUAAAUACACUGUAUACUUUCCUUCAGAGACAACAUUAAGCAUAAGUGACAAUGGAUGUGCCUUUUUUUAUUUUAUUGCGAAAAGGACACUUAAGGGGGGUACUCACGGCGCGAUAUUCUAAGCAAUCUGACUAGAUUGCUUACAAUAUCGGGAUGAUCGCUCCGUGUGUAGCCCCCUCGGCGAUAGCGAUGCGCGGCCCCGCACAUCGCUAUCGCCGCUGCUAGAUUGGCCUGCAUGCAGGCCAAUCUAGCGGGUCGCUCACUUCCCCCGCUCGGUGAAGUGAGCGGCCCCCCCGUCUCCCCCCGCACGCUCAGCACAGAUCGCGCUGUGCUGAGCGGCAGGAGAGAUGUGUGCUGAGCGCUUCGCUCAGCACACAUCUCUCCUAUAUCGGCCCGUGGGUACUGGGCUUUAGGGCGGUAUCCCAAUAGAUUGUGGUGAUUUACUGCUUUUUAAUAACUGGCUUUUUAGGGCUAUCCAUUUACAGACGGUUCUUACUGUGCUGUAAAUCACUCCUUAUCUACCAAUAACACAUGGGAUCCGUGAUAAGAUCGCGGACCCACGUGUUACUGUCCCAUAACUGGUCUUCUGGGGCUGGUUAUUGUGAAUUCUGCUUUGCGUGUCUGAGGCACAUGAAGCAUAAUCAUCGAUAAGUGCCCGCUUACGGAGCAAAUUGGAUAGCCCUGGGGGAGCUGUGGUAAUUCACCGCAGUUAAUAGGGUACCGCCCUUAGUGGGUGAUUCAAUUAGCACCACAGGGAUGCGGCUCCUGGGUUAAUAUAAAUAAACCAUGAUACUAAGCUCCAUAUAAUUGUGCCUUAUGUAUUGCUUACUGCCAUACAUAUUUUCUUUAGAAACUACAUUUGUUGGCACGUCUUCUGUUUUGUAUUUGCCUAAGUACACACUGAUAUUGAUACCAUAGCACUGUACUGUAACAGUGUGAUUGCUACAAGUUGGUAUUCAACCAGAAUAUCAGGUUGUAGCCAUAUUCAGCCAUUAGAUAAUCUAUAAAUUGUCAUAAGCAAAAAAUAAUGUACACUAAUAAAAGGUAUACAUUAAAUAUAAUUGGAAAACCCAAAGUUGAUGGCAUGCCAUAGAUGUUAUCACAGCUACGUAGUCAGGUCAUUAAAUUAUCUACAGCAUCAUUUUAAAAUACCUCUUUGGCUUCAUGAAUCUCCCUAACCAUCGUAACCUGCUUUGGUGGUGUUUCCAUUUUCUAUUUUAUUUUUAAGUCACGCUAUCAAAAUAUUCAAAUGAAUAUGGAUUACUUUCCUAGGGUGGACCUUUUUGGUUUAUAGCAAUGUUGCAUUUCCCUGUACGUGGUUUUACACUAGACUCUAGUUGGGACACAUUUUGUAUAUGUGCUUAUUAUUAGAGCAUAUUGCAUUUAUUAAUUGGCUAUCUUUGUAAGUAUACUGCACCACACAUUAAUGUUUUGUUAAGAGCACUUGAAGAGAGGCUUAUGCCACAAGUUAGCAUUGAUGCUGUUACCCCUUGGCAUGUCUAUGGACCGGCAGAUAAGCACUCGUCUUAUAAAUUACUUUGCAAAUGUUUUGUAUCUGAAAAGAUUUCUGAAUGUUUUCAGCUAUUGUUACCUUAUUUCUUAGACCCUUAUGUUACAUAUUUAUUUUACAUUUCAUUACAUUUAUUUUCUAUUGCACUUUGUCAUGUUUUGAAAUUAGAUAUUGCAAAUAAUACUUUCUUCACCGUUUGUCAUUUCUAUCAGCAGUUACCAAGAACUACUUAUUUGUAAAGAAUCUACCAUAAUGUUAUUUUUUGUGUAACUAUUCACAAUUCCCCCCCUUCUGCAGAGCAAAAGCUGCAUCAUUUUUGUGUGAAUAUUUAUUACCAUCUUCUCUGUUUAAACUUCUACAUCAUAAAAUAUUAAAUCUGUCAUUUGAAUUUUCUGACACCCCCCCCCCCCCCCCCAAAUCUGUCAGCAUGCCUCAGUGGUAUUAAGUUACCUUGGAAAACAUGCACUGUCAAUAUAUAUUGAUUUGUAAUUUAUUAACUGUGAAUGACGUGCUAUCAGUCACUGUAUGCAUCUCCCAACAAAAAACCCAAUGCAAGGUUUUGGCAACAUUUCAAAUAAGUCUUGAUUGUUUACAUUAGCUGCUGCUGUUCUGUGUCCAUGGCUUGCAUGUCCAAAAUAUGUAACAUGCCAUUUUGUAUUUUUGUUUUUGUACAAAUACGCAUAUUGUAUUGUAGAUUAAAUAAAACAAAUUGGAAAAUCA